GUUUAAUGCAUUUGUUGUUUUAUGUGGAUUGUUGCGAAAUUUGAUGUAAUUCAUGGUUUUGUGAUGAUUGGAUUUGGUUUCUUUAUGGGGUUAGACAUCAUUUUCUGAUUCUUUGUUGAUAAGAAAUAAGAAAUGAGAAGGAACAGUAUGGAUCUCUUGUUGUUUUGUGUCCGAUUGUUGACCAAAUAGUUCAGUUUAAUGCUCAUCUUUCACUUUACAGUGGGGGAAUUUUUGUUUUCUUUCAUACACAUUCUGUGAGUUGUUGGGAUAUCGUUUGGUGGGAUUAUUCAUAGGCACUUUAGUUUAUAUGACCAUUUUAUGGUUCCUUCACUCUGUUCUAUUGAAAUAUCCCAGUCUCUGAGAAUUGAAACAAUAUUGUAGUGAAGUCAAGGUGCUGCGUUGGGAUUGCUUUGUAGUACACCAAUCUUCGUCUUCAGUAAAUGGGCUGCAUUUUUUCUAAAGAAAACAGACAAUUUCCAGGAUAUGAAGAUCCUAUAAAUCUUGCUUCACAAACAGCUUUUAGUGUCAGUGAAGUUGAAGCAUUGUUUGAGCUGUACAAGAGCAUCAGCAGUUCUAUCAUAGAUGAUGGUUUAAUAAACAGGGAAGAAUUUCAGCUGGCCAUUUUUAAUAACAGAAAGAAGGAAAAUCUGUUAGCAAAUCGGCUCUUUGAUCUAUUUGAUGUUCAGCAGCAAGGGUUCAUUGAUUUUGGUGACUUUGUAAGAUCAUUGAGUGUCUUUCAUCCUAAUGCUCCCGAGGAAGACAAGAUUGAAUUUUCGUUUAAGCUUUACGAUGUGGAUAACACGGGAUUCAUUGAGCGGCAAGAGGUGAAGCAGAUGCUAAUUGCCCUUCUUUCUGAAUCUGAGAUGAAGCUGGCUGAUGAGACAAUAGAGAUAAUCCUUGAUAAGACAUUCAUGGAGGCUGAUGUGAAGGAAGAUGGGAAGAUAGACAAGAGUGAAUGGCAAAAUUUUGUGUGUAAGAAUCCAUCAUUAUUGAAAGUGAUGACGCUUCCAUACUUGAGGGACAUAACAACCACCUUCCCAAGUUUUGUGUUUAAUUCUGAGGUGGAUGAGAUUGCCUCAUAACAGAGGAAGCUAAGCAGCUGUUGUUGUUGUCGUCGUUGUUUUCUUUGAAUGGAAGAAAACAGAACUGAGUUUACUGAUUCAACCCAAUUAUGAGACAUUUUCCCUUUCCUUCCCCCACACAUAAUAAAUAAGUUUUAGUGUAAUUUCAGCAAUGUUUGUUGCUCUC